AUGAUUCUCACUGUCAUAAUGAAGUUAUGGCUGCUUGUCAGCGCGCUGGCUGUCAAUAUACAAGCCACAACCGUCACCAAUGACACAUCUGUAGCCGCUAACAGGACAUUUGACUAUAUCAUCAUCGGCGCGGGGCUCACAGGCAUCACUGUUGGCAAUAAGCUCAGCGAGAAGGGAUUCUCUACCCUCAUCAUCGAAGCCGGCCCUGAUCCUAGGUGGAAUCAUAAGGUAUACGAUGUUGAAGACAGAGUGCAGCAUGAUCCGUAUUGCAACUGGCUGUAUCCUGCAUACGAUGAGGAUGGCGGUCUGCUCUCCAAGACUAUUGACAGUGGUGCUUGUAUUGGCGGUAGUACAUCGAUCAAUGGGAUGGUCUGGUUGAGGCCGACACCAACAGAAGUCGACAAGCUCAAGGCACUGGGAAACCCAGGUUGGAAUUGGGACUCCCUUGAGCCGUAUAUGAUAGCUACCGAGAAGAAUACGCCGCCUGACGAGAUCCAAAUACAGCAAGGAGCUGGUAUUGAUCCUGCGGUUCACGGCUACCAUGGCCAUAUCAACAUAUCUUUUCCCAUACCGAUGCGCAUUCCCCAUGCAGUUGAAUUGUACAAGGAAUCGCUUCCUUUAGUCUUUCCAGGCCUCGAGAUCGGCAACGACCUGUCCAAUCGGAACCCAGACGGAACUGUGUCAGCCUCGACAUCCUGGACAAUUUGGCAUGACGACGUUACUGAAAAGUACCGGCGUUCAUCAGCAGCUGAUGGAUACUUGUGGGCUCCCGAUCAGAAUCGAGACAACCUCACCGUCUUGACCAACCACAAGGCGGAUAAAAUCUUGUUCAGCAGUGACUUAACAGCAAGAGGCGUCAUGUUUGGGACCAAACCUGGUGCCGAGGUUCCUGGUAGCCAGCCUGGACUACAUAUUGUCCACGGAAAAAAGGAGAUCAUUCUUGCUUCAGGAUCCCUUGCCUCUGCACCUGUCCUUGAGAGAUCAGGUAUCGGUAGUCCAGAUGUAUUAGCUGCAGCUGGGGUCCCGCAAAUUGUGGAUCUUCCUGGUGUAGGGGUCAAUCUCGUCGAUCAGCCAGGCACCGGCACGUCUGCGCUGGUUGCAGAGGCUUAUCAGAAUGACACAUCUAUAAUUGAUGGCCGGACUCUAUUUGCACCGGAAAUAUCGUUAGUCAACGCAGAGCAGAUCUGGGGUGGUGAGAAUGCAAACAUAUACUCUCAGCUUGCUUCGCCCGACAUUCUCGAAUCCCGAGCACAGGACUUGGUCGCUACUGGCGGAGCAGCCACACUGCAGGGAGCCAAGAUCGUUCUCAACACGACGAUUGACUUGAUUGUCAGCCAUGACUUUCCGGUGAUAGAAUUCAUAAGCGAGAGCUUUCCAACCGUCCUCUCCGCGAUCUUCUGGCCCUUGAUGCCCCUCUCACGCGGGCACAUCCAUAUCAAUUCUUCCGAUCUCUUCGACGAUCCUAUAAUCACACCGCGCUUCCUCACAGAUCAGUUCGACCGGGAUGUGGCAGUGGCUGUUUCACGACGCUCCACGACAUUGUUCGCCAGUGCGCCGUUCGAGGAGAUUGUGGCCGAUCCCUACUAUGAUCCUCCGAUCGGGCCAAAUGCGACUGAUACAGAGUGGCUCGCCUGGUAUAAAAACACCAGCUUCGGCGCGAGCCACUGGUUUGGGAGUACGGCGAUGCUACCGCGUGACCUUGGCGGCGUGGUGGAUUCCAAUCUGCAGGUAUACGGGACCAAAAAGCUGAGGAUUGUCGACGCCGGCAUCCUUCCUUUUGAGAUCACGUCACACCCCAUGCCGCUGCUGUAUGCUGUGGCGCAGAAAGCCGCUGAGCUAGUACUAAGGGACAGUUCUGUAGAACAUAAGCACGCUGACCAUUAG